AUGGCGCCUCUGGAGGGGCUAUCGGACGCUCAUGCGAUUCUUUUAGCGACCUGUCUAUGUGCAAGAGGUGAAGUGGCCGAUUUGCCUGCUCUCCAUGCGCAAUAUCCCCAUUGUUUUCCACUCGAACGACUUCUACGCAUCAUCUUAACAUUCCUGCCCGAGAGCACCGAACCCUCUAUAUAUGUUCCAGUGCUCCAGGAAAUCAUUGGUGGCUCUUCUCGCGUACCGUCGGACCGAGACGUCGAUACCACUGCGGUUAGAGACCUAUCCGAGGCGGCAGCCAGGAAACGUGUGCGCAAGCUUUGUUUACGGCCACUGCGGCGCGACGGCGAGGAAGAAGAAGAAGUAGAGGCAUCAGACGCCCUAACUCAAUUCAUAGUACACCGGUCACACCUUAUUGACGCUGAAACUUCUCUUCAACCUCUCAUUUUGGAGCUGGUCCUUCCCUUCUACCAACAUUCCCCGUUCAUUCGAACCUGGCUGAUCUCAAGCCUACUGCCUGCACUCCGUCUCAAUUACGAAUAUUAUCCCAACCGCGACGAGGUCAUAUCACUGGACACCCUGGAGUUGAUGGGUGAUCAGGCAGCUGUCAACGUACUCUUGUCUAUUGGAGGUCCUGAAAGAAGCAACAUGGAUCUGGUCAACAACUUGAGAGGACUAAUUGGCCCUUGGCUCUACGGUAGCAACCGGUCCAAGCGGAGGAGACUCAACGAAGCGGCGCGACGGAACUCGAUCUCCUACAUUCAAGGCACCCCAAAACCGGAGCCCUCUGAAAUGGCCGGAUGGGAAUAUGUGAACGAGUGGCUUUUGUCACGAAGUCUUGUGGACCACCAAAGUGUCGUGCAUGCUUUCAGCAACUGGAAUGGCCCAGAAGACACCGAUCUGGGUGGAUACGAAGAGACAGACAAGAAGAUAUCGUCCGACCAGGCGAAGGAGUUGCUGUCAAGGUACUGCCAGUCGGGUCUAGCUGUAGUUUACGCUCACGCGGACUCAUCAAACGCGGCAAUUGAGGGGUCAUACCAAGUGUUGGAUCGUGUUGCCAGGCUACUUGGCCUUGAGGAUUGUUCAUACCUAGGUUCGUUCGAGUCAGCGCUUCCAUCGGUGCACUAUGAUGCAAAGUUGAUCUCCUCGACAAACCGGGUGUCCCUCCUUCAAAACUCUCUCCUUGCUCGAGAUAAUCCACUGACACAGCCUUCGCCAUCUUCGAUUUCUUUCUUGAGUGCUGUACUCCUUUCUCUGCGCAUACUGACCGGUCUUGGCCAUGUUGUUCCAUGCCGACUCGUGGCGAACACGUGCUUGCAUAAUACGGAAGAGAUGCAAAUAGCGGAAUUGAAUAACUUGAUCGCCUCUAUUGUCAAACAACCUCGGUCCAAAGAGGAGUGGCAGAAGGUACGAGAACAACUGCUUUGGCUUCGCGAAUGGCAAGCAGAGCAUCCUGACAAUGGCUGGGAUGAGCCAUCGACCCACCAUGGUCUUUUCUGGAGAGUCUCGAAAGAAGCAAUUGAGACAGAGAUCCUGAAAGCUCUACUCGGCGCACGAGAAUACCAACUUGCAGUGGAUUUAUACAGUCCGUCAGAGCCAGCUCCCUUGACUAGGAAGCAGGUAGAAGAUGCGGUUGUCGAGGCUAUCUAUGCGGCCUACGACAAUGCCAGCAAUGGCAAUCGGUCCCGAGGUGGGAUAAAGAGAGCCUAUGAUAUCGUGCAAGCUUUCCAACCGCACUUCCCGGAUUCUGCCUCGUUCAAACAGAUCCACUCACUCAUAGCCGCCACACAUGCACUGUCAUUCUACGCAUUAACCCUCCAACACGGCGUCCCGUUCCAACCAGUGAGCAUCCGUGUGCACCACGACCCCCUGUCCCUAGUCGAGAAAGUCCUCGACCAAAACGCCAAAAGCUACACCAAACUAGACGACCUUCUCUCAAUUGGCCGCAAUCUGGUUCUUGCCGGUCUGUUCACAAAGCCUGACCCCAACGAAACCACCCCCCAGACAUCAGAGCCCCUCUCCGAACAAGACGCCCUCGUCACAGCGGAGCGCCGCAUAAUAUCCCUCGCCAUAUCCUCCGCUCUGAGCUCCAACGACUUCGGCACGGCCUACUCCUACAUCCUCACCCGUCUCACACCACCCUCCCUCCUCUCAACCUCAUCUCCACUCCUCAACACCCCAAGCGUCCCAGAUGACAUCUCCUGGCGCGCAGUCUAUAAUGCAGGCCGCUACCGCUCAACAACACCAAACCCCUCCAUCCCCCUCCAAUCUCAAAUCAGCCACCUCUCUCAACGAAUGGAACUUCUCUCCCUGGCCCUAGCCCUAGUCCCAUCCCCAGACCCUCUUCCCGAAAUAUUAGGUGCUUGGCGCCGAUGUGAUGAAGAAAUGACUUCCCUGCGCGCUCGCGAACUCUCAGAAGAAGAUGCCUGGGAUACAAAGGGGGAUACCCUCUCUAGUGUACCUGGCGGGUUCGGCCCGUCGGAUUCAGAGCGUGACGCCUUUGACACGGAGCGGCAGCGCGCAGCAAGACGAGCUCGGGCCCGUGCCACAAAUUCGCAUUCUCAUGAGGCGCCGAUGGGGUUGUUUGAGGUUGCACGGGCGCGGCUAUGGCGUUGCAUAAGAAUGCGUUCCCAUUGCGCGCUGCAGCAGCUGGUCAUGGCGGUUCUCGUGGCGAUGAGCGGCCGCUUUCACCCGAAGGGGAGGGAAGAGUCAGAAAGAGAGAUAUGGUUAGCAAUAUGGUGA